GGCGCAAAAGAAUGGAGAAGCAGAUCAUGUCAUCCACACCAAAAAAAAUAAAAAUGGAAGAAAGAAAAGGGAGGAGAGUCGUCUUGUUCCCAUUGCCAUUUCAAGGUCACAUACGUCCCAUGAUCCAACUGGGUAACCUUCUCCAUACCAGAGGAUUCUCCAUCACCAUCGUCCACACCACCUUCAACUCUCCUGACCCUUCUCUCUACCCUCACUUCACCUUUCAUUUCCUCCAUGAAGAUAUUCUCUCUCAAUCCCAAACAGAUAUCAUUGCCUUCCUCAAAGUUCUAAACACCAACUGCCUUCAAUCUUUUACAGACUGCUUGGCUCGGUUGCUCUCAGAUGAUCAUGAAUCUCCAAUUUCUUGCUUCAUUUCAGACGCGGGUUUUACUUUUACUGGGGAAGUUGCUCGCCAACUUAAUCUGCCCAGAUUGGUUCUGAGAACCGGCGGUGUAACUUCUUUCUUUGUUUUUGCUGCUUUCCCAUUUUUAAGGGAAAAGGGUUAUCUCCCUAUUCAGGAAUCUCGAUUAGAAGAACAAGUUGCAGAGUUUCCACAUCUCAAAGUGAAAGACUUACCGGUGAUAAAAACCUGCGAUCCAGAUUAUCUGUUCGAGCACGUCAGUGGAAUGGUCAAUGGAGCCAAGUCCAGUGCAGGAGUAAUAUUCAACACAUUUCAAGAGCUUGAAGACGCUGCAAUUGCAGCUCUCAGCCAAGAUUUUCAAGUUCCAAUCUUUCCCAUUGGUCCAUUUCACAAACUCUUACCAAACAGCCCACCAACGCAGCCUGACCAAACCGCCGCCAUAACUUGGCUAGACAAGCAGGCGCCCAGCUCAGUCAUCUAUGUCAGCUUUGGCACCUUAGCAGCACUAAACGAACAAGACUUUGUGGAAAUAGCUUGGGGAUUAGCCAACAGCAAGCAGCCAUUCUUGUGGGUGGUCCGACCCGGAUUAGUAAACGGGUCGGACUGGGUUGAUCUGUUGCCAAAAGGGUUAAUUGGAGACUUGAGAGAAAGAGGACUCAUAGUGAAAUGGGCACCACAACUCCAGGUUCUGGCCCAUCCUUCAGUUGCUGUAUUUUGGACUCACAAUGGGUGGAAUUCAACAUUGGAGAGUGUUUGUGAAGGGGUACCCAUGAUUUGUAUGCCAUGUUUUACCGAUCAAAAGGUGAAUGCAAGGUAUGCAAGGGAUAUUUGGAGGGUUGGGUUGGGAUUUGAAAGUGGUAAGUUAAUUGAGAGAGAGGAGAUUGAGAGGGUGAUAAGAAGAGCAAUGGUGGGUGAAGAAGGGAAGGAGAUUAGGAAGAGGGUUUUGGAAUGGAAGGAGAAGGCUAGGGAUUGUUUGGGGGCAAACAAUGGGUCUUCAUUUGAAUCACUGGAGAGACUGGUAAGUCACAUUUCGUCAUUUGAUUCCCUUGUUUUCUCCUCUCAAUAAGUGCUUCAGGCAAGUUUUUUGAGUAGCACCAAGUAGUACAAUGAAUAAAAAAUGUAGAACAUAUAUAUAUUUUUUUUGCAAUCGGAAUCGCAUUAAAAAAUAGUUGUAAUGUUGGGUGCUGUAAUAUUUAUUGAAAUAAC